AUGAAUCGUCAAGUAGCUGGUAUUGACUUAGGAACUUAUAACACUUCAUGUACCGUUAGAAGUUUUACACCUCAUCCUGAUCAUCUUCAAUUUUCUGGAGGAAAUCUUCUUCCAUCAUUUGUAUUUUUACAGUGGGACAAAGAGAAAAACGCAUCACAAUGUAUACUAGGACCUAAUGUAAAAGGAACCUCACUAGCAUAUCCUCGCCAAUUGCUCUACGGAUCAAAGCGUUUGAUUGGUCACGAAUUUUACUCAGAUACAGUACAGAAUUUCAUUGAAAUGAAUGAAGACACACUUAAUAUAUUAGAAGUAAGAGGAAAACCUGUCUACAAAGUCGAUUAUUACGAUGAUCAGAAUAAUAAUAAAAUAAAAGAAGAAAUUUUCACUCCAGAAGACAUUUCUGCCGAAAUUCUUAAGAAAGUUGCGUCUACUUACAAGGAUGCCAGUGGUGGAGAGCAAUUAAAAUCAUGUGUUAUCACUGUUCCAGCGAAAUUCAACACAAAUCAGAGGAAAGCAACGCUCAACGCCGCUACCAAGGCUGGUCUCAACUGUCUCAGACUUGUUAAUGAACCAACGGCCGCUGCUUUUUGCUACAAAGUCCAUUGUCUUGGAAAAGACGACACAUCUAAGAAAACUGUCAUUGUUUUCGACUUUGGUGCAGGUACAUUAGAUGUCUCCAUUGUAGAAUUCGAUGGAAAUUCAUUUAAUGUCAUUCAUACUGAAGGAAAUAGCCAACUUGGCGGUAUUGACAUAGAUCAUGCAAUUUACGAGUUCGUUCUUAACAAAUUCAAGGAUGAAAACAACGGAUAUGACAAAGCCAAUCCGAAAAUGUUGGCAACUCUAAUGAUUGAAGCAGAAAAAUGCAAAAUAAAAUUAUCAUCAAGUCCAAGCGCAGAAAUUUUUAUUCCUGGUUUCUGGAAUGGUAUAGAUCUUAAUGUUACCCUCAGAAGGAGACAAUUCGAGACUCUUAUUGAUGAUAUUAUUGAAAAAGCAAAAGAAGUCUUAAAUACUGCAAUAAAGGCAUCAAAAGUCAACGUUAAGAAUAUUACAUCAGUUAUACCAAUUGGUGGUACCUGUAAAAUACCUGCCGCCAUAGAUAUUCUUAAUGAAAUUUUUGAUGAUGAUAAAAUUGCAUCGGAACUCGAUAUAGAACACUCCGUAUCAGAAGGUGCAUACUACAUAUGCCAAAUCAUAGAAAGCGGAGGACAUAUCGAAGAAAUUGGAAAAUACGCAGAUUCUUCUUCAACUCCUAAGAGAGUCGGUGCUCCAUCCAACAUCAUAGAGGUACCGACCACGGAUAGACUCACAAACUUCAUCAGCGUCCUUCUUAGUAACAAUUCUCAUUGGAAUGUCUUUCCUCCUGGCAAACAGUUCCCGUUACAUAGGAUAGAUCACUUCAAACAUGAUCCUCUGGAGCCUUGCAUCAGAAUGGAUGUAUACGAAGGAGGAAAAGAGGCUAAUUCUCCAAAAACUCUCGUUUCCAAGAUAAAUAUUCCAAAUGUACCAAAGGAUUUGACUAGUUUCUCCAUGAAAUUCAUUAUAGAUCAUAACGGAAUCCUAAAUGUUGCAGUUUUGGACUCAGAUAACAAUGAAAUCCGAAAUGCAAUAAUUCACAUGGACUUUUCUGAGAGUGGAGAAAAAGUUCCAACUGAAGCUGAGUUCCUGCGUAAAUGUUGUGACGUUCAGGACAAAAUUGCAACAAAAAGAAGAAAUGCUCAAGACAAGCGACCAUUCCACCAAUUAACCGAUGACUUGGAUGAUCUUAUUGAUAGUGCCAAACAGCAAUAUGUUCCUCAGGAUCAUUUAAGAGAAUUAGAUGUAAUUAUUGAUAGACUAAGUCAAAUGUAG